CGACGUCCAGCGAGCGUUUGAGCUUCCAUGAUUAACCUCACCUUAUCUAACUUGGAAACAGUUUUACCUUAAAAACAUUUUCAUGCAACAUGAUAUUCUUAACUUAGCAGCAUUCCACAUUGGACUUGGCUGGUCGAAUUCAGCAGUUUCAGUCAUCUUGUGAACCACACACAUGACCUCGGAAGGAGUCCAAACAUAUCUUCAAAAUGUUUAAAAAUGAAUACCAGUCAAAAGAAGCCCAAAUCUGGCAACACUGUCCGUUAGACGCUCAUCAGAAGACUACACUGGGCGAGAGGGGAUGUAGAGCUGUAUCAUGGACUCCAAAUAAGGGAGGGCCUGUGGUGGAAAUUUUCAGUGCACAAGGAAAAGAUCCUGUAGCAAAAUGGAAACUCUCUGGCGGACCUUCAGGAAUAAGUAAAGAGUUUGAUAAGGAGGUGAAGGGAUUUGUCUACUGCUUGGAGGGCAGCAGUCAGACCAACAGGAUGCAGAUACCACGUGAUAGCAAAAUGGCUCUUGGACUGGUUCAGAAGUUCUUAGUCCUCCAAGUCAAGGUUCCCCUUGGUAAGGAUUUUUCUACAGAGCUUUUGAUAACUGAUGCAGGUCAUCUGAAGAGAAGACUGUACUUGUCAACAGUACACAAGGAGGUUUCUGCAACCCCCCUUCAUGCCAGAAUACCUCUAACAAGUCUAGCCCGUAAUGUUUGGUGUAACAUGUGCAUAGAUGUGGGUUCGUUCACCCAAGAGAUGUUCAAGGGAGCGGUGUUUAUGCAUUUGGAUUCCAUUAGCAUAUCAGCCUCAUGCAAGGUCAGGCGGAUCUUCACCAUGAAAGCUGAGCCUGCGGACUCGGACAGAGAUCUCUACAUCUAUAGACAUGGCAGACUGGAUGAAAUACCCAGGGCUUGCCAGUUUCCAGUUGAGGUUCAGCACAUCACCCAAGUCAUCAGCAUGAAAACCGCGUCUGCGUCUGACGUUAGAGCUGGCUCUUGGAAAACAGAUUCUGAGCAGACAGGCCCCCCGGCUAGUGCACGCAGUACCAAGAGCCACGACUCCUCCCAUGUGGCCUUUGGCUCCAGAGUUGCACGUCCACCCCCAUCCAUUGGGAAGAAAAACAACCCAGCACCCAGCAGGCAAGGACAAGAGGACAAAGGCAGAUCUCGGAAGUUGCAGCCUUGUCCGCCUCCAGACAGGCCAGCGUCUGAACAAACUCAAACCAGGAGGCCUCAGAUGCACAGUGCUGGGAGGGAAAGGCCCAACUUAACAGAAAGAGGAAUUGUACCUCAGAAAUGGGAGGUUGAACAGGCCCCUACUCUUCAUCCUGUCCAGCCUGCCAUCGGCCACAACAGAGCAGACGCUUCAGAAGAUGAGGUGACAUCGCUUUGCUCUUUAGAGGACGGCUGUCUGGAUAGCUCUGACCAGGAAGCUGGCCAGCUCGAUGAUGAGCCCGACCCGCUGUCUGUCCCCUGUGAGUCGCUGGCGCCUCUCUCCGCCCCCCUGGCUCCAGGGCAGCGGGGUGACAGUGACGUGAGUGACAAAGAGGAACCACUGCUCGUCUUGGAAGAGGAGGGGGAGGAAGAGGAGGUGUUUACUUUCUCUUCGCGGCCACACUCAGCCAGGCGGGGGCAGGGCCUUAGUAACAGCGUCCAGGAAAUGACCUUUGACCCGACCGCUCUAGGUGAAGAUGACGGAGGCAUGCGCAAAGAAGCGCGACCCGAAGAUGACUUUAUUGGCAGUGAGAGUGAAGAGGACGAUGCCUACGCCAAGUUCCUCCUUCAGAGAGGUGCCGUGCAGUCCAGCCCAGCUCCUUGUACCUCUCCGGAGCCGUCCCACUUGGCAUCGGGGUCAGGCUCCCACCGUAAGUCUCCUGGCGAGCCGCGCCAGACGAGUCCCAAAGCAGCAGGACCAACUUGCUCGCCUGGGGUCAGUGAGGGGUCAAGAAGACCUGACCACGGCAGUGUGGCUCCGACUCGCUGCCUGUCCCCUGGGGCUCCCAGGCUGAGCUCCCGGCUGGAGCGUCCAGGAGCAAGGAAGAGUGGCCCGGGUGGGGACUGUAGGACGUCGCUCAGCAAGAGGUCUCUCCGAGAAAUACCCCCCGAGGACUGGAGGAUUCAGGCGGGCGAUGGCGGCCGACGAGCUGCCCUGGUCUCGAGUGGCGGUGGCCUGCCCAGACCUGGGGACGCGGAGGAGGAGGAGGAGCUGCGGAUGUUGGCCAGCCUGUGCCGAGAGCAAACGGAGGAUGACGACGGCAGCGGUGGUGGCGGCCUCAGUGCCUCCCAGCGGCGCCGCUGCAACGUCAGCCUCAGCACCAGCAGUGAUGACACUACCACCUGGACCCAGUGCUACCCUGUGCCCGACAGCCAGGGCCAGUACUACCAGAAGGAGAUGAAUCCUCUUCUCCACUCCAAUCCCAGGGAAUGGAUGGAUGUACUCAGCCCUCCCGUCAUCCCUCCGAGCCAGCAGAGGGCAAAGGGCAAGGAUGACCUCUGCAAGGUCACAGAUGAAGGGGCUGAUAAUAGCUGUGAUGGUGAGGAGUUUCUCAACUUGCUCUACGAUCCAGGUCUUAGCUGUUACUUUGAUCCACAGUCUGGGAAAUACUAUGAACUGGCCUGAUUGUAACUCUACUGUUUAUAGUUUGUAUCAUAUUGUAUUGUAUUGGACGGCAUAUGUAGUCUCCCCAUACUGUAGAAAUCCAAUGUUCACACUGAUACUGAUAUAAAGUUACGAAACACAUGCUGAGUAACUGAAUUGUAUCAAUUCAUGAUCAACUUGAUAUCAAAGGAUAGGAAGCUCUUCCUUUCAUAAUUUUGGUUUGUAACAUUGGGCUGGAUUGUUUUUCAUUACUGUGUUGUUGUAAAGUGUUCAACUCAAGCAAGAGCACCUUUCUGCAUGCUGUUGUAUUGUAUGGGUUGAUCACCAGCGGGAAGUGUUUUACAUAAGAACUGAUUUAAAAUAAAAUGUAUAUAUAAAACAAUAUUUAAAUGUUAAAAUGUUGAGCUAAUAGGUUAAAUGAAAGUGUUUAACUCUUCAAAUGAGGAUAGUGUUUAA